UUUAUCGCUGGAGGUAGCUUAAGAGAAAUCCACGGCCAAAGUGCAGUGCUUGCUCUUGAUUUUGUGACAGUACGAUGAAUCCAAACGCCAGGCUGAGAAAAGCAUGGAGCUCUCCCAGCCAGACACACAGAUAGGACAGGAGUGGCCUUUUGUUGCAUCAUUCUUGCCUCUACGUGCCUGUUGUUGCCUUAGCCUCCACCAGCAAGAAACCACACGGUGGUCAGCGCCCGCGCGCGGUUCAUUGCCGGCGUCACAACUCAGCCUGACGCAGGGAGAGGAUGUUCUUCAUGCGUGGAGGGAGCGGCCGCUCAACCGGAACUAGCAGGAGUGCCAGCCUCCGAGAGAUCGACGAGGAGGCUGCCGUCGUCGACGAUGGUGGCGGGAAGCUCUAUGUGGCGGUUGGGAAGGACUUCAAGGACGGCAAGUCCAACCUCAGCGCGGCUCGGAGCCUCAGCCUCCUGGGUGAUCUCAACCUUAUCCUGCUGCAUGUCCACCAACCUGCCGAAAGGAUUAUGAGCGGAUUUUGCAAGGUUCCUGCAAGCCAGCUAGAAGAAAAUGAACUCAAAGCAUACAGGAAGAUUGAACAGGAGGAGAUGACCACACUUCUUAACCAGUACAUGGAUUACUGCAGGCUCUAUCUGAAGGUGCAAGCUGAAACACUGGUCAUUGAGAAGAACAAUGCUGCAAAUGGCAUUCUAGAGCUAAUUACUCAGCAUCGCAUCACAAAGCUUGUCAUGGGAACAUCUUCUUUAACGAAGAGGCAGGUACCCAAGUCAAAAGUUGCAGCCAUUGUGCAUCAACAAGCCAAACUGUAUUGCCAGAUCUUCUUCAUUUACAAAGAGUCUCUUGCUUGCACUAGGGAAGCCAAUCUGGAUUCAAUAAAAGCAGAUUCACCUAGAAGCAGUUCUGCAAGCACUCUGUCAGAUGAAUCCGAGUUGCGUGCAAGAUCAGUGUCACUGCCACCAGGGCAUCCUGGUUACAUGAGCUCUCCUGAUCAACAAGUCCUUCAUCAACGGUCAAACUCAGUCAGUUACCCCUUGUCAGGAUUGAUAGCAAACAACGCGGAGAGGAUGUCGCCUAUAGCGCAGCACUCGAUUCGUAUGACACCAAGAAAUUGCUCACCGAACUCCAGCCUCCCAAGCAAUGCAGGAUCCUCCUCAUCAAGUCUAAAGGAUAUGGACACUAUGGAUGGAUCAUCAGCACCGGCUUCAAUUGUCAGCUCUGAAGAGCAACAAAUUUCCAUGGUGGAAACUAGCAUGCAUAAUGAAGCGUUUGAGCAGCUGCAACAAGUCCGCAAUGAGCUGGAACGUUCAAGAAAGGAAGCAUCUGAGGGCCGGCAGAAAGCUGAAAGGGAGCUGUUUGAAGCUUCCAGGAUGUUCAAAGCACGAGAGAAUGCACUCCGCAAAGAAAAAAGGGAGAUAGAGGAAAGGCUGACAGGAGAAACAACUAUUCUUCAAAACGAGAACCUCCAGAUAUGCAAUGAACUGCAGAAGGCAAAUGAGCAAAGGGCAGAACUGGAGAAUAAGCUUCUCCAGACAAACUCUCUGUUGGAAGAGCUCCAACAGCUGCAAGGAGAUCUGCAGCGUGAGAAAGAAGACGCUCUAAGAGAAGUUGAAGAGAUGCGCAAACUAAUUGGCAACAGUGUUUUUGGUUCUGCUGGUGAUGUUGCCUUGACAGAGUUUAGCUACGGUGAAAUUAAAGAAGCAACCAACAACUUUGAUGACUCCAAAGAGAUUGGACAUGGUGGAUGUGCAAGUGUCUAUGAGGGCUUUCUCCGCCAUACCACUGUGGCCAUAAAGAAAUUUAACCGAGAAGGAAUAAUAGGAGAGAGGGAGUUCAACGAUGAGGUCGAGGUUCUAAGUAGGAUGAGACAUCCAAACCUUGUCACUCUCAUAGGAGUGUGCAGAGAUCCAAAAGUGCUGGUUUAUGAAUUCUUGGCAAACGGAAGCCUAGAGGACCGACUCCAAUGCAAGCACCACACGGAGCCACUCCCAUGGAGAAUCCGCAUCAGAAUUGCUGUGGACAUCUGCACAGCACUUAUCUUCCUCCACUCCAACAAACCAAAAAGCAUCGCCCAUGGUGAUUUGAAGCCUGACAAUGUCCUCCUUGGCGCUAACUUUGUAGGCAAGCUGGGGGACUUUGGGAUUUCUCAUUCCUUAAAUCUGACAAACACCACUGUCACCCCUUACCACAGAACGGACCAAAUAAAAGGCACUUUGGGUUACAUGGAUCCAGGGUACAUUGCUUCAGGGGAGCUCACAGCGCAAUAUGAUGUCUACUCCUUUGGAGUCGUGCUGCUGCGUUUGCUAACUGCCAAGAACCCCCUAGGCCUUCAGAGCGAGGUCGAGGCAGCGCUGAGCAAUGGAGCCUUGCACGAGAUACUUGACGCCUCUGCAGGGGAAUGGCCUCCUGAGUACGCUCAAGAUUUGGCAAGCCUAGCUCUGAAAUGUUGCCGGUAUGACAGGAAGGAGCGCCCUGAUCUUGCAAAGGAGGCCUGGGGUGUCCUGCAAGCUAUGAUGAAUGAACCGUCAUCUUCUUCGUUGCUUUGUCCAGAUGAUAAAUGCGAGACACCAUCAUAUUUCAUGUGCCCAAUGACACAGGAGAUCAUGCGAGAUCCACACAUCGCUGCUGAUGGAUUCACAUAUGAAGGUGAGGCUAUAAAAGACUGGAUCCAAAGGGGACACAAAAUGUCUCCCGUGACCUACCUUAAUUUCGCACACCAUCAGUUAAUUCCCAACAAUGCCCUUCGUUUCGUAAUACAAGAAUGGCAAAUGAGACAGCAGCAGUGAUUUCAAAUUGUUGAAACUCUCUUUGGUUUGUAAUGUGUCAUGUUUCUGAAGUGAGCAAAAUGGUUCUAAGCCUGUAUAUAAAUUCUAGGGAGCCUUUACCACAUGAUGUACCUACUGUGAGGCUCAUAUAUUUUGGAUGAACUAAUAUGUUAUGUAAUGUAAUACUACCAAGAAGAUACAAUGUUUGUUAUGGGCUGGGCCUUGGGCUUCCAUGCGGUGAGGCGACAGCAGCACGUCCACAGCAGUCUACU